AUGACGCCCGAUACCUUUCUGCACGCCCCCGACCUAGCUGAGCCGCCCUCCGCUCUGGCGCCGGCGCCAGCUCCCACGGUUGAAUUUACCCCCGACCUCGCUAGCUAUUUCACCCCGGGCCACCAUCGCCCGGGCUCCAUAUACACCCUCUCUCGCCUGUCCUUUGCCAACCAGUUGGCUCAACUAACCGCCCUCCAAUUACCGGAUGCGGAAUCCCUAUCGAGUCGAGUCUCCGCGAUUCCGACCGCCCAAUCCGCCACCACAGCCCUCAUCAAUGCCGCCGAGCAAAUAAGGAGCUGGAUUGCCAAAGCCUCCGAGGUUAUCAAUGGCCUCGACAGUGAUGACGACGUGGAGUGGGCGGCUGCCGGUGGACGCGAAGGCCUCGCCGAGGUGGAAAAGGCCAUCUUGCGCUUCGAGGAGCUGAUCAACGUCUACGUGUCCGCCAUCGAGGAACUACAAAACCGCCCCGAUAUCGCCUACGUCUCGCCCGACGAUCUAAAUCGCGCCGUCAUUCAGAUGGAAUCCAUCAUGAAUGAGUGGGCCGCUAUCCGCACCUCUCUCCACACGGUCAAGGAGCAGGUGGAAAUUGCCAUGGAAUGGGAGGAGCUCUGGAACUACGUGCUCGGCGAUAUCCAGGACGAGAUGGACGAACUUUCCCGUCUCGUGUUUGAGAUGGAGGAGCGCCGCCACAAGUCUUUGAUGGCGUCUGCAAGCAGUGAUGGUGUUGAUUUUGGUGAUUUGGAAACGAUUGUGGAGGAGACACCGCCGACAAAGAAGGCGGCCGCUCAGAAUCGCUUCAGCCUCCCCGCUUUUCCUCUCAGUCCCAACUCUCCGAGCGGUGCCGCCAUGUCUUUGGAUGACUCCAGCCUUCUCGCUCUGUUUGCUAGGAUGCAGCCGUUGCGUGCCUCGCUGGACUUCCUACCCAUGCGGCUUUCCGUUUUCCAGAACAGGGCCGAUAGGUCCUUCCCCACUGCCUGUGAGGAACUCGAAAUGCGGCGGACGGGCCUUGAUGGCAGUUAUAGGAAGCUCGAGAAGGACGCCGAAUCCCUAAGAAAGGAGCUGGGUGAAGAUCGCUGGGUGCUCGUCUUCCGAGGUGCGGGGCGCAAGGCCUACAAGAUGUACGAAUCCGUGGAGCGCUCCGUCUUUAAAGUGAGAGAGGCCGUCGAGGGUGGCCUCAACUUGACGAACCCAGCCUUGAUGACCCAAAAGAUUGAGAGCUACGAGGCCAAGAAGACGCAUUACGGUCCCGCAAUCGAACGCGUGUUGCUCAUCAUUGACAACGGCGUCAAGGACCGCCUCACUGUGAACGGCGAAAUUCUCCGUUUACAUCAAGAAAUUCAGUCUAAAUGGGAUGGUCUCAAGGAUCAGAUGCGGGAGAUGGACGUGGUGGUGGACGAGAUUCAGUCCGGAAAGCGAGGGGGUCAACAGCUGCGUGAUAGCAUCUCCAGCAUGCUUUCAAACGACCGGUCAACCAUCGCAAGUGGCAUGGAGACUCCCGGGAGCUCCCUCCAUCGCGCCGUCACUCCUCGCUGCCGACUCCUGCCCAAGGUCCCAAAGGCCAGCCUCGCCCGCCUUUCCGCUCUCGCUACGCCCUCUCACGUCACCACCCCUCCGCCUCCUCGGCCUGCUCGACCUGCGUCCACACUUGGCACCAGGCCGCCCUGGAACAUCUCGUCAAAUACAUCCUCGGUCGAUACCGGGCACAACUUCAAGCCCCUCAGCCUCACCACCCCCAGCCCAUAUGCCAAGACCACGCCAACCGCCGUGAGGUCCAUCUCCUCCCUUACCCCGACAUCCCUGUCCAAACUCCAAACUCUGCGAACCCCUAUGGGCCGCUCCAUGUCGGAGUCUCCCAUGCCGCAGGAGACGCCUACGCGUGCCCUCCCUUCAAAGCUCUCCUUCCGCGAGCGCCUCACCUCGCCAGGCCCUUACUCUCAGCAGGCAAUUGCUAAGACGCGCUUGAUAAACCAAACGUCAGCUUCCUCUACCGAGUCCCGUCGAGCUUCUCUGCAGCCGCAACGACCCGUCGAGCAGACCCGCCCCGCCAGGCCUGCAAGCUCCUCGCCACAACCUCCUCUCGGAGGACAAGCUUGCUUCCCCAGCCCACUCUGA